AUGUCUGGAGUUCCACGUUGCCUGUGCGGGGAAGCACUACCAGCUUUCCUCGAGGCGCUCACUAGCCUACGAGUAAGAUGGCCCGACAAGAGAAUCCUCGCAGCCAAGGCUGAUGUCACCUCUGCGUUCAGAAAUGUGAGGAUAUCACCAGAUCAUGCACACAAGUUUCGCUACGUGGUAGGAGACGUGCUUGUCGCGGACCUACGGCUGACCUUUGGCUGGGCAGCGUCACCAGGAUUGUGGGGUGUGUUAGCCUCCGCUGCAGAGCACUCGCACCGCAACACGUCCCUCGCAAACGCUAGACUACUACCAGAAGGAAUCGCAAUGAUGUCCCACGUGAAAAAAAAACCUCCUUGGGAAAAAGGCACCCCAACCCCAAUACCAUCGUCGGCAGGUUGA